AUUUUCAGUGGUGUUUAGUGAAGUAUUUAAUUUGGUGUAGAACCCUUCCAUUCACCUAUAUUGCGACGGUGAGAUUCCUGUAACAAUGGGACGUAUACAAAUUGUUUAUGCACAGGAUGAUAGUGUUGCUGGACGAAUUACUCAUCCUGGUAAACAGGUAAUUGACCAACGUACUGGUAAAGUAAUCAAAGUUAGACGAGAGACUCCAGAUGAUUACUUAGAAGUACUAAAACCCGUGAAGGGUCCCAAGCGUAUGGAAUUUAAUCCAAACCUUCCAAAGACACUUACUCCUAAAGGAUAUGCUAAGCUUAAAAUAAUGAUGAGUGUUGCGAGUAAACAGUACGAGGCACUAACUCGACAAUUGAAAGCUGAACGAAGACUUUGGGAAGAUCCUGAUUUCCCGGCUCAUAGUAGUUCUAUAGGUGAUAUGAAAGAAUUUCGAGAACAACUGGAAUGGAAACGACCACGCGAAAUAAAUCCAAAGGCUACAUUUUUCGCCGCAGGUGCAAGCCGCUUUGAUGUCGAACAAGGAGCAUUGGGCGAUUGUUGGUUACUUGCAGUGGUAGCCUCUAUUGCAGGUUAUCCGCAGCUGUUCGAUCACGUGGUGCCAAAAAACCAAGUUUUACAAGGACCUGAUUAUGUUGGUGUUAUACGUUUUCGAUUUUGGCGAUUCGGUCAAUGGGUUGAAGUUCUUGUUGAUGACCGCCUUCCAGUUCGUAGAGGUCGUAAUAGUCUUGCCUUUAUGCAUUCAAAUGAUCCUACAGAAUUCUGGUCAGCUUUAUUAGAAAAAGCGUAUGCAAAGUUGAAUGGCUGUUAUGCUCACCUAUCUGGAGGAACACAAAGUGAAGCAAUGGAAGAUUUGACUGGUGGUAUUUGUGAAUCACUUGAGCUGAAUGAAAAAGAACGUCCACGAGACCUCUUAAACCAGUUGAAAGUUUACGCUCAACGUUGCUGCCUAAUGGGAUGCAGUAUUGAUUCAACUGUGGUUGAACAGAGGUUGGAUAAUGGACUCAUUGCUGGUCAUGCCUACAGUCUAACAGGUGUAUAUCCUGUUAGUUAUCGUGGUGGUCUUCAGUGGUUAAUGCGCUUACGUAAUCCAUGGGGUGACAGUCAUGAAUGGAAAGGUGCAUGGUGUGACGGUUCGCCUCAUUGGAGAGAAAUAACUGAGGAGGAAAAAAGGAAAAUACAUUUAAACUUUAGAGAGGACGGAGAAUUUUGGAUGUCAUAUGAAGAUUUUGUCACAUGUUUUUCAAGAGUUGAAGUAUGCCAUUUAGGUUUGGAAAGUUUAGAGUAUGAUCAAGAUUUUCGUGGUAAAAGACGAUUGGAUGAAGCCAUUUUCUCUGGUCAAUGGCAGCGCAAUGUAAACGCUGGUGGUUGCAUAAAUAAUCGAUCAACCUAUUGGACAAAUCCACAAUUUCGUAUCACUGUUCAAGAUCCAGAUACCGAUGACAAUGAUUUGAAAUCUACAGUUAUUAUCGGUUUAAUGCAAAAAGAUGUCAGGAAGAAACUUGGAGCGGAAUAUCAACCGAUUGGUUUUAUGGUUUAUAAUGCACCUGAAGAUCAAACGGCUUUAUUGACACGAGCACAACUUUUAACUAAAUCGCCUAUAGCUAAAUCACAGUUCAUCAAUACACGUGAAGUUACUGCCCAGUUUCGUGUACCACCGGGAGCAUAUGUUAUAAUACCAAGUACAUUUGAUCCAGAUAUUGAAGCGAAUUUUAUAUUACGCGUUCUUUCACAAGUACCAAUGUUACAAGAGGAACUUGAUGACGAUAACACUAACCAAGGUCUACCUGAAGAUGUCAUAGAAGCGGUGAAACUGGAAGACACAUUAUUGGAAGAAGAUCAAGAAAUUGAAAGGAAAUUUUUGGCUAUUCGUGAUCCAAAAACUUUAGCUAUUGAUGCUGUAAAAAUGGGUGAACUUCUGAACAACAGUACACUACAGGAUAUACCUCAUUUCCAAGGAUUCAAUAAGGAAUUAUGUCGUAGUAUGGUCGCUUCCGUAGAUAAUAACCUAACUGGUCUUGUGGAACUAAAUGAAUUCAUGGACCUAUGGAUUCAAGCCAAAGGAUGGAAAGCUCGUAAUCAUCAGUUUGAGAACAGUUGGGAACCUGGGAGUAUCAGAUGGCCGCUUCGUCGUAGUUUGGGAUUCUUCAGCAUUGUGCGCCACUUAUCUUACUAAGAAAUCCCACAGUAGGACGUAAUAGCUACCCAAUUCUCCUGCUUUUUCAAUGGUUCCCCAUGUGAUGUAAAUCCAUUAUGAAUGCGACCCUAAAAGCAGUCAAUCUGCAAAAACCUCCGAACUAAAUUUUCGUUUUACCUCUCUCCUUCUCUUCGUGUAACUUUCUACGACGUUUGACGUUUUUUUCCUGUUUUUCAUUUGACUGCCUUGUAUCGUCGUGCGCUAAUGUGAGGUGUGCCAACUUGAACCGUGGGUAGUAAUUCCUUGUCCUAUAUUGGUAAUGACCGGUUGACUGACAACCUACUUAUCAGUAGCAUAUUUACAAGUUGUGAUAAUAUUAUGUCACUUUCAGAUUGCUGCAUUUCGUCUUGUCAGCAAUACAUUUGUCGUUUUUCCUUUCUAAUUGAACCAGAUUUGAACCGAUUUCAGACAGCUUGAUCAGGAAGCUGGUGCAAUCCUAGGAGAUGGACACUUGCUCACUUUACUUUCACAUGACAGAUAGGCGAAACUCUCAUCGACCUAAGUGAAAAUAAGACCUAGAACAUAUGUCUCAGUUGGGUUUUCAUGAUAGCUCAGCCACAGCCUUAACUUUAAUCUCAAUUGUAAUCACUCUUCCUAUACGUCGAAAAGUAAUCUACGAAAAAACUAUUUGAGCUGAAACGGUUUACAUCUGCAUUUACAUUUAUUUAGCUAUUUACAUAGAUUUUUUCUGACUAAUCGCUUCCAAAAUUUUAAUUCCUUCUUGUGUGCUUUUGUAUCCUGUAUUCUUAGCACAUUUUCCUAAAACACGACAUUGACCAAAGCGGAUUCUUCAAUGCCUAUGAAUUUAGAGAAGCUUUAAAUGAUGCAGGUUUCCAUGUAAGCAAUCGGUUGUUCAAUGCUAUAGUACACCGAUAUCAAGAGCCUGGUACAAAUCACAUAAGUUUUGAAGAUUUUAUGCUGUGUAUGGUACGACUGAAAACUGCCUUUGAAACAACUGAAGCACAUCCAAAGAAUCUUGAGGGCACAUCAUUGUUUAACAAUGAAGAUUAUCUACGCUUUUCUGUUUAUAUAUAAUUCUAAUUUGAUGUCGAUUGAACACAUUUCAAACAAAAAAUAACAAAAAUAAUUGAUAAUUCUCGCUUUUAACUACUGAUGCUCAAGUAUUUUAAAAGUUCUUUUUUGAGAAAAAACUAACUUUCACGAAAAUUCACCUAUUUGUAGUUUCUUUACUUUCUUUGAAAAAAAGUAUAUUCAAAAGCUCUUUGAAUACGCUUCAAGAUAUUUUGAAUUC